AUGUCAAAUACUAGAAUAUGUGUUAAGCAGUUACCAAAGCACUUAACAGAUAAACGUUUUAAAGAGCAUUUCGAAAAAUUUGGUGUUGUAACAGAUGCCAAAAUUAUAAAAAAGGACGGUAAAUCUAGAUUAUUUGGUUUUAUAGGUUUUGCAAAUGAAAACUCUGCAAAGAAUGCAUUAUCAUUAAAUGGUACUUUUAUUGAUACAUCAAAGAUUGUUGUUGAAAUUGCAACACUUGCAGGUGACUCUGAAGCACAACAACCAUGGUCAAAAUACUCAGAAGGUUCAUCAGCAAAUAGAAAAGUUCAAACAUUAGAAAAAGAAAAAGAGUUAAAGAAUUUAAAGAGAAAACAAGAGCAAUUGGAAAAGAAACAAAAGAAGAAACAAGUUAAAAACCAAUCAUUCGGUUUAGAUAUGGAGUUAGAAAAUGAUCCAGAGUAUCAAGAGUUUAAAAAACUUCAUGCACAAAAAGCAAACUCAAAAGUUUGGGAUGAUAACAGUAAUAUAGGCGCUGCUAAAGAAGAACCACAAGAAGAAGAAAAGAAAUCAAAAAGAAAGAUUGAACUUGAAGCAGCAAAUAAUAAAGAUUUAUUGGUAUUUGAAGAUGACGACAGUGAUGCUGAGGAUCUCUAUGAGGACAUGCCAGUUAAAAAACAAAAGGCUGAAAGCGAAACUAUUAUAGUUAAAAAAGAUAAAUCAUUAAAUGAUAAAUCAGUUUCAGAUUUAGAUUGGUUAAGCAAGUUUAGAUCAAAUGAUGAUAGUAAAAUGGAUAGCGAUAAAGAAAAAGAUAGUGACGAAGAAGACGAUGACGAAGAGGAUGACGAUGAAGAAGACGAUGAAGAAGAAAAAGAUUCCGAUAAAGAAGAUAAAAAAGAUAAAGAAGAUAAAGAAAAUGAAGAAAAUGAAGAUAAUAAAAUGAAAAUUGAAGAUAAAAUCAAAAUGGAAAAUCCAGAUAAUAAAAAAAUUAAGGAAAUUAAAUAUUAUGAACACGACUAUACAAAGGAGGAGGAAGAUGUCGGUGACAGCGGUAGAAUCUUUAUUAGAAAUCUUUCAUACACAACUAAAGAAGAGGAUUUAGAAAAAGUUUUUUCAAAAUAUGGUAAAAUUUCAGAAAUUCAUAUUCCAAUCAACUAUGAAAGUAAACAAUCAAUAGGUAUCGCAUUUAUUUUAUAUUUAAUCCCAGAGAAUGCAGUUACAGCUUUAAACGAAAUGGAUGGAAAGGUUUUUCAAGGUAGAAUUAUUCAUGUACUCCCAGCUAAGCAAGCUCCAGCUAAAACACCAGUAUUAGAUGGUGCAUCUGCUGGUUCAUCAUAUAAAUCAGAAAAAGAAAAAGAGCAAAAAUCAAAUAGUGGCUCAACUCAUAACUGGAAUGCCCUCUUUAUGAGAAGUGAUGCAAUUGUUUCAUCUUUAGCUGAACGUUAUAAAAUGACUCAAGGUCAACUUUUAGAUCCAAAUCAAGUGGAUUUAGCUGUUCGUAUGACCUUAAUGGAAACUCAUGUUAUUAACGAAACAAAGAAGUUUUUAGAGGAACAAGGUGUAAUCAUUACAGAUAUUGGUAAUAAAGGCAGUAAGCGUAGUAAUACAACUCUUUUAGUUAAAAACAUCCCAUUCAAAACUGAUGAAGAAGAAUUGGAACUAUUGUUUUCAAAGUUUGGUGAAUUAGCUCGUGUAGUUUUAGCACCAGCCCGUACAAUUGCUUUAAUUGAAUAUCUUCAUCCAAAUGAAGCAAAAUCUGGUUUUAAAAAUUUAGCUUACACCAAAUUCCAUCAUGUACCAUUGUAUUUAGAAUGGGCACCAGAAGGUGUAUUUAAAAAUCCAGCUCCACCAAGAGAUCCAAAACCAAAACAAGCAACAGCCAAAACAACAGAUUCAUCAAGAAAAGAAACAUCAACAAAAGAAACAUCAACAAAAGAAACAUCAACUAAAGAAACAUCAACAAAAGAUACAAAAGAACAACCAAAACAAAAGGACACCAAAUCUUCAUCAACCAACCAAGAAACUCAUCAAUUUGUAUUUAUUAAGAAUUUGAAUUGGAAAACUUCAAAUGAAACCCUUGAAGGUAAAUUUAAAUCACUUAAAGAUUUUAUUUCAGUAAAUAUUGCAACCAAACCAAACCCAAAGAAACCUGGAGAAAGAUUACCAUGUGGUUUUGGUUUUAUAGAGUUUUCAUCAAAGCAAGGUGCAUAUGAAUGUAUAAAGAGAUUAAAUGGUGCAACUAUUGACGAUCAUGAAAUUUCAUUAAAACUUUCAGAUAAGAACGAGGUCAAUGUUAAAGCUAAAGAAAUGCCAGAAAAUAAGAGAUCAAGUUUACCACAAAAUGCCAAAUCCAAACCAUCAUCUAAAAUUAUCAUUAAAAAUCUUCCAUUCGAAUCCACUACUAAAGAAAUUAGAAAGUUAUUUGCUGCUUAUGGUGAAAUCCAAUCAGUUCGUAUUCCAAAGAAACCAAAUGGCGGCCACAGAGGUUUUGGUUUUGUCGAAUUCCUUACCGAAGAAGAAGCCAAAAAUGCUAUGGAGGCUCUUGGAAGCUCUCACUUUUAUGGUCGUCAUCUUGUUUUACAAUAUGCUGAACAAGAUAAGAAUGUUGAUGAAUUAAGAGAAAAGGCAAAUUUAGAUUACGAAAAAAUAAAAAAUAGUAAAUUUUAA